AGGAGUUACCGAUUCAACGGCUAGGGAUCAGAAGCACGGAUCGAACGGCACCCCUGCAAUCCGAUGUGUUUUUAUUUUGUGGCUGAUUUUUUUGCUGUUCCUUCAAAUUGUCCUGUGGAUUUUCUGAGAAACCGGCUUCUUUAUUGGCUGCGAGCUCCAUCACUGUAAUGCUUAUGACCUUCCCAGAGAAUUGACUUAAUUUGGCACAGGAAUCAGGCCAAAUUCCCUUGACUUGGGAGUCGUGUGGCAAGUUGACUCUUGGUGUCUGCACUGUGAUUGAGCUUUGGUUUGGUCCUUUUGAAGGAGUUGCAGUGGAAACAAGAUCAUCUGUUCUUUGUGGUAUCAGCUGAAACUGAGGUAAGAUCACAGAAAGAAGGGAAAAAAAGAGAAGGGGGUUUAGCUGAUCUGUGAUGAUUGUGAGUCCUGCCUUUUUUUCUGGUGAAUCUGAGCUCAGAUAUUUUGGGCAGUUUUCCACUGUACCCACCUUUCAUAUAUAUAAUUCAAGCACUGCGCUUGCUUAGCAAAACUUGAAGAAGGGUUUGGCUUUGGAGUUUUUUUGGCAAUCCCCAUUUUUCACAUUUUUGGACCCAAAGAAUGGGUGGGAAAUUUAGUAAAAACAAGCUAGGAGACUCUUCAUCAAUGGAAGACAGCUAUCUUAGAUACCGGUCUGACCUGACCUCUUAUGAAGCUGCCGAUGGAGUUGACACGAGCUUGCAAGAUUUUGAGAAGACCUUACAUGACCAAGCUGAUAGAGUAAUUGGGACACUAGCAGCUGGUGCUAAGGCUCAAUCCCUGACAAUCAACAAUCUAACAGAGGUGAUUACUGACCUUCGAGAGAUGCACCUUAUAUCAGCUAAGAUCAUUCUUACAUUGGACAAAGACAUAAGGAAUGACAAAGAGCUGUCAAAUUUAGUGGGUUCAGAAAAAGUUGUGCAAGGAGUUGCAGGCUUUUGCAUGAAGAAGCUUGACAAAAAACUCAAAUCUACGAAAGUUUGGAAAAGGGUGACCAAGGCCAUAUUUCUGACAGCCUUCGUGGCCACUUUGAUCUUCUCAGUCGUUGCGGUCGCAAUCAAUGCGCCACCUUUUGUGACUGCUCUAGCUGCUGGUCUGGCAGCUCCAAUAGGGACAGUCGGCAAGUCGUGUGAUACUUGGUGGAAAAAUUGCCAUGCGAAACUUGAAAAGAAAAAGGAGUUGAUAGACAUGAUGAAUAUGAGAACCUUGAUCUCGAUUGUGGAAUUGAAGAGGAUUUGGUCGCUUUUGAAUCAGCUGAAAACUAAUGCCAACUUCACUCUUGGAGAAGAACAGGAAGAAGCGGUGAAGCCUGUAAUGUUGGUGAUUCAGAAAAAGUUGGAAGAAUUCAUGGCAACCAUUGAGAAUCUCAGUACGGAAGCUAAUGAGAGUAGGCGCCAUAUAGAGCUCGCAAUGAACAUGAUAUCUCAGAGAGUAGGUGAUGUGAUACACAGAUCAUGAGGAAAGUGAUAUUUUAUAAGAUAAUAAUAUAAUCCAGUCGUUAGUUUUUUUUUCUCUAAUGCUUAG